AUGUCGAGAAAUCAAUUGAAAAGAGGCCAGAAAAAGGAGAAAAAACAAGUUGAAGUCAAUAAAGAUAAUAAAGAUGAUUUUGUUGAGGAAGAUGUAGUCAACCAAAUGGCUGAGAAGCUUAAGGUUAAUGACAGUGAGUACUUAGACUCUUCUGACCCAGGUGAAUAUUGUGAUAAUGAUGACUCUUCAGAUGGAAUAUUAUUAGUGGUUGAGGGUAGAGAUGGAAAUAACCAGAUGUUUUCGAUUGCACGGGCAGUCGUUGAAAGUGAAGGCAAAGAAUCAUGGCGAUGGUUUUUGCAUAAACUAAUGGUCGACUUAGAGCAUCCUAACGACAACAGAUUUACACUAAUGUCAGACAUGCAAAAGGGCCUUAUACCAGUUCUAAGGGAAUCAUUCCCCGAUGUUAAGCACAGGAUGUGUGAAAGGCAUAUCUAUGCAUAUUGGAAAAAAAUGGAAAAGAAUUAUAUGGAACAUGGACAAAAGACCCCAUUAGAGCAUUGGUCAAAGGCUUACUUUAAAGGGUCAUGUAAAUGUGAUGUGGUUGACAAUAGCAUGGACGAAGCUUUUAAUGGAUGGAUAGUAGAAGCAAGAUGCAAGCCUAUCAUCAACAUGCUUGAGAAUAUUAGGGUCAUGGUAAUAACUAUGAUGGAAACUAAAAUAACUUGGGUAGAAAAGUGGAGAACCAACAUCUCACCAAGAGCUCUUGAGAAGUUGGAAAGGAACAUGAACAUUUCAACUCAAUGUAGGCUUAUAUGGAAUGGAGAUGGAGGGUUUGAGGUGAAUACAAAUGCAACAACAUCGAAUAAGUCAACCACUAUGACUAAGAAAUCAACCACUUCGACUAAGAAAUCAACCACUUCGACUAAGAAGUCAACCACAUCGAAGAAAGCAUCUACAUCAAAUUCUCCUAACAAGAAUGAAGAUGGACCGUCUAGAAAAAUGAAAAGAUAG